UUAGUUUAUAACGAAAAUUGUUGAACCCUUGGUUCACAGCGAUGGAACUCUACAAAGCGGCAAACUUAUUUUUCAUGUUCAUCUGGCUAAGUGCCCCAGUGUGUAUCGCUGUACACGUUCUUCAGUACCAGCAGUCUCUUACAGUCGCUCCAGGACAGACUGUGAACAUUACUUGCGCUCUUAAGAACCAGACUGGAUUGGAGAGGUUUGUAUACCACUGGUAUAUGAAACCAGCACACCCGAAGAGAUAUUACACAGAAGAGCCUGUCGAAAACACCAACAGAAUAUCUCAUUUCCAGCGUGAAAAUCACAGCUACACAAUCCUCACCAUCGAUAAUGUCAGCGCGUACGAUCACGGAGAGUACAGCUGUAAGGCGUAUUUUUACCCAGCUGCGGAAGAGCAGAUUGUGAACAAAACAUUACUUUUUGUGAAAGCUACCCCAGAAAUCCGACUCCUCGCUCGCUCGGUGAAGGAGAGACGGUCCCUGAUUUGCAGCGCCGUGGGUUUUUACCCUCGUGAUCUGAACCUGUACUGGGUUUACUCCCCAUCCGGGGAACCUGAGAAACAAGGAUCAUUCGUGUUGAAUUCGGACGGUACCUACAGCAAGAACGCCAGCCUGCAGUUUGAAAAGGGAGUGUGGAACACUGGCACUGAAAUCACAUGUCUAGUGAAUCACACAUUGCAUGUUCAAAGAAUCAGCUAUGCAGUGAGCUCCGAGACGGAGAGGAGUGAUUCUGUGACCCUCACCUGCAGCACUCUGAGUCCCUACCCUCCACGCGUGACCCUGUCCUGGGAUUCACCUCCUGGGGGACCCCGCUCUUCACAGCGGGGACCCCCCUCGUUAAUCCAGGACGGCAUUUACAGCACAAACGCCAGCCUGCAGAUUGAGCGGUCUCGCUGGGACAAUGGCUUUGAGGUUGCGUGUGUGCUGAAGCCAAGGCUAAGCGACGAGAGAAUCAUCGAUGACGGUAAUCAUGGCAAAUGGUAUUACUGUUCCCUGAUUGGACUCCUGUUCGCGGUGCCGCUGAUGGGCUGUGCUCUGAAACGCUGCUGCAGAAAACCCAGAGGCCUGCCAGCAGAUCAGAAACCCCACAGAAGACACAACAAUGGAGAUGAGAAGUCACAGUGUGGAGAUGACCUACAUUACACUACCAUCCAGUACAAAAAACGAAAAGAUAAGAAACCGCAAUGUAGCUCAAAGCAGGAGCGAGGUGAUGGGGAGACUGUGUACUCGCCUGUCAGGAUGCGGGACGGAAACGACCAGGCCAGUGAGAUCAUCGUGUACGCAGCGCUGGAGCUGCAGAGCAGAGCCCCCUGCAGACCUGUGGCUGACCGCGACCACUCCACUGAGUACGCUGCUGUAGCAGAGCUGAGGCUCACACGCGACCCCGUUUCCAACAACAAAGCAACGCAGCCCUUCACACUUCAGAGAUGAGACUAAAGAAACCAAGCCAGGCAAGCAAACAUUUCCACCCUGACGUCGUCAGCAGCCCUGAGUUGCCAUUCGUUUCUGUUAGUUUUACUGACAGGCAAUGGCACGCAUUUAAUUUCGAGUGCAUUCUUUUGUGUGUUGUUCUUGGUGAUUUAGGAUACGUAUCGUACCUUGUGAUGCAAUCCACUUGCUUUAGUUUAGUAUUUUAUUCAGAAAAAACUAACUUUUACAUUUCUUUAUAAGGUUAUAACUUUAUAAAUGCGGCCCUUUCAUAAUCUGUAUUA